AUGGCUUAUUAUACAUACAAUAAGUUCUUUAUAUUCCUUUUCCUUGGUGUCAUACUAAUCUUUGAUAAGGGCCUUCUUGCUAUUGGAAACAUUUUAUUUAUAUCUGGAUUAUCAUGUGUUAUUGGACCAAGGAGAACUCUGAGCUUUUUUUUCCAAAGACAUAAGAUAAAAGCCAGUGCUUCAUUUUUAGGAGGUAUUAUUGUAGUACUUAUGGGUUGGCCUAUUGUAGGCAUGAUCAUAGAAACGUAUGGUUUUAUAUUAUUAUUCAGUGGCUUCCUCCCAGUUGCUAUAAACGUUUUACGAAAAGUACCUGGUCUGAGAUUUAUUUUAAAUAUGCCAGGUAUAUCUCGAAUUGUAGAUUCAAUUGUAGGAGAUGCAAAUAGAACAACUGUAUGAUAUGUUUCUUAAUGUUAUCGCUCAAAUCAAUGUAUAUAAGAUCCACUAUUUUAUAUUACAUCCCAAGCUUUCCUGUCAUUCCACAGAUCUCUUUUUGUAUUGUAUAAAUAUCUAAUGUCAGCAGCAAAGUUCAAUU